UGGAAGUUUUUUAGUUUCAUAAUCAUUUUCGCCCAUUUGAUUCAUGACAGUCCAAGGUCAAGUUUAAGUAUUACAGAAAAAUCCAAAAUUGACUCAUUCAGGUUUGUUUGAAAUUAGGAAUAGUGGAUUGGAUGUUGUAAUUUUUAAAUAGUGCUUUCCUUUUACCAUUUUAUUUUUGUACAUAAUCAUUACAGAGCAAUCAUGUCCAUUACAAUGAACGAAUCAAGCAGAAUGUUCUACGAACAAGAAAGUCAAUCAGAUCGACUUGUUAGAAAAUCGAAAGAAACUCCAUUUUUUCCCAUAGCUAUUGGAGUAUGUCUUGCUGCUGUAGGUUAUGGAGUUUAUGCAUUUAAAAAUAAAGGCAAAAUGAGUACAAGUGUGUAUUUAAUGCAUCUUCGGGUUGGAGCACAAGGAGCGGCUGUAGGUUCAUUAACUUUAGGUUUAAUCUACACAAUGGUCAACAAACAUAUACUCAAUAAACCUGAGUAAAUUUAGUAAUUUUGAAGUGUAGGUUUUUAUGUAAAUAAAAUAUAUUAUUUAUAAUAGUAUGUAUAUAUUUGUUUCAAAUGUUAAUUUAUUUUUGAAAUAUAAUUUGCUUACCUCUA